AAAACUCAAACGAACCACUACACACCUUCACUCAGAGAAUAAUAAAACUGUAGAAAACGCAGCCGCCGAUCUAGCCUAGAAAGAUAAAAGCUAGCGCGCCAAAUCAGAGCAAUGGGCGUGGAGAAGGAGCUUCUGAGAGCCGGCACAGGUCCGAAGCCUGUCCCCGGUCAAAACGUCACCGUUCACUGCACCGGAUUUGGUAAAAAUGGCGAUCUGGCUAAAAAGUUCUGGAGCACUAAAGAUGCGGGACAAAAGCCUUUCACUUUCCAAAUCGGCCAAGGCAAAGUUAUCAAAGGUUGGGAUGAGGGGGUAUUAGGGAUGCAAGUGGGAGAAGUUGCUCGUUUGCGGUGCUCUCCUGAUUAUGGCUAUGGGCCCAGCGGUUUUGCAGCUUGGGGCAUUCAGCCGAACUCGGUUCUUGUUUUCGAGAUUGAAGUUCUGAGUGCUGAGUAAUUAACCAGGUUGUCUAACUUUGUGCUCGUGCUAGAAAAUAAAUGGGCAGCUUUUGGAUUUAAGUGCUGCACUUCUGUUGUGUACUUGAGCGUGUGGAGAAUUUCAACUUUGUGAAAACUGUGUUUGUUGGAUGGCUUUCAACUGGUUUCUUGUCUAAUUCCCAAUAUAUAUUAUCUUAACAAUCAAGUUGAUGAACUAUAUCCACAGAAGGGAAGAGAAAGAAGAAUAAUGGCAUCAUAAAUUCAAAGAAUGUAUUGGAUUAUUGAGAUCCAUUCUUUUCGUAUUUUCCCGCGGAUGUUAGGUAGGUCUAAUGGUGGUACGUUUUUUUUUUUUCAACAAAUAUACAUACUUUUAAAUUGAAAUAUCAUACUUUAAUAAAAUAUCAUACUUAAGUAAAAGUAUGACUGUUAUGAUAAAAUGCACUUUUGCUAACACAUUAUGAUGGGUUCACUUGUAUAGUGGCUAGUCAGAAUCACAUGUUAGCAAGAAUCACACGGAAAUUUGUGUUAUAUCUUAUCUGGAUGGUUUAUGCUAAUAAAGUGGAUUAAGUGUCUUAAACUUAUGAUUAGAUGUUUGAAAUUGAAAGCCAUAAAUCUUGGUAAUGAUGAACCAUACAUUGCGGCACGAGUUGAGGAAUGAGCCCCUUAGUAGGGUGGCCUACUCAGUAUGAGAGUCUCUCAAAUCUUAUUGUAGUUCCACCUCUUGUUUCCUCUGAGUUCGAUAAAAAUAUCGUGUGAGAUAAUUGUUGCUAAUCAUCAACAUAUAUCCUAUAUAUGUUAUUUUUGGUCCAAGACUAAAAUUGAUAUUACACUUGGAAUGCAAACCAUAAUAUAGCCAACGGAAUGAAGUAAGCUAGAUCCUUGUUGUAGCCAACGCAUGAUAUUACACUUGGUAUCACCAAACCCUAACUUUACAUGGUAUAUACAUUCUAUACUGUUCUUGUUCACAGGACACCACUAUCAUCUUCCUGAUAUUCACUUAGGCAUCGAAGGCGCUCUUUGUCGGAAUCACCUCCGACGUUGAGUUCUUGCAGGUACACGCGCGGCGAUUCAGGGAGAUCGUAGCUCAUAUCUAUCGAUUCUACCCAGAUCUCAUCAAAUUCAUAAAAUGAUAAGAUAAUAAUUAGUGAUUAUAAAUAUAUGAGAAG